AUGGCAUCCAACAACCCAUUGGCUAUGCUCUCCAAUGUGUCUGAAUGCUCCAUCUCUGGUUUAUUUCAAGAAUUGCUCAACAAGGGCAUGAAAUCUCCUACUACACAUACUGAACCAUUGAAAUUUGGUGACAGCGAAGGCAGUGAUUUCAAACGGUUGCUCCAUAAAAAGAAACACAAUGGCAGUAACAACAAGAUACAAAUCACCAAUUCACCUACCAUGGACAUUACCACUACCCCAAGGUCCCAUCAUCAUACGCAGGACGACAGUGUGAGUAGCAAGAAAAAGACAUUUCAUCAUGGCUCGCCUGAUUUCAGGCCUGUUGUUUACUUGGAUCAACAGCCGACUCGAAACAGCAAUCGCUUUGGAAGUGCAAUUUAUAAUUUCUUUUUCCAGCAUGAAGAUAGAUACUUUAAUCAUGAUCGAGAUGAAUUGAGCAAGGAUAUAUUUCCGGUUGGCUAUGAACAACGUGCUUGA